ACAAACCAUAAGAUGAAUCAACCCAUCAGACCUUCCUCUACUUCUCUACUCCCACUGCCUUCUCCAUUUCCAAAUGUAUCUUCUUUUUCUUCUUCUUCUUCUUCUUAUUACAAUCCUUCUCAAAUUUCUCUACUUCACUUUUUGGCUUCCAUGGACAAUUCAAAUCCACUUCCGAAAGCAGGGCAUAACAGGUCCUCCCUACCGUCCCUUCAUCGGCAAUUCCGCCCAUAUCCGCCGUCUGUUCAAGGAGGCACUAUCCAACCCCAUUCCCUUUCACCAUGAUAUACUCUCCCGCGCUCUCCCUUUUUACUUUCAAUGGUCCCGCGAGUACGGAAAGACGUUCCUCUACUGGUUCGGCUCCAAACCCAGAUUAGCCAUAUCCGACCCUGAUCUGAUUAAGGAAGUCCUUCUGAAUACGGGCGGGUAUUUUCGAAGGGUCCACUUCAAUCCACUGUCCAAGGUGCUUUUCGGAGAGGGACUUAUCGGACUAGAGGGAGAAAAAUGGGUGACGCGCCGGAGAAUUGCAAAUCAGGCUUUCAAUAUAGAACGAGUAAAGGGAUGGGUUCCCGAAAUUGUUGUUAGUGUGUUGAGUGUGUUGGAGAAAUGGGAAGAGAUGAAAGGUGGAAUGGAGGAGUUUGAAUUGGACGUUCACAAAGAAGUUCGUCGUCUCUCAGCAGACGUUAUUUCAAGAACUGCAUUUGGAAGUAACUUUGAAGAAGGAAAGCGCAUCUUCAGUUUGCAGGAACAACAAACAUAUCUUUUCUCCCAAGCAAUCAGAAGCGUUUAUAUUCCUGGCUUCAGAUUUUUGCCAACCAAGAAGAACAGAGAAAGGUGGAGCCUGGAGAAAGAAACCCGUGAAUUGAUAAAAGUGCUGAUUGAGACAAAUAGCAAAGGAAGGGAAAACUCAACUAAUCUACUUAGCAUGUUAAUGUCAUCUUACAAGAACCAGAAUGGGGAAGAAGAAAGGCUUGGGAUGGAGGAUAUCAUUGAUGAGUGUAAGACAUUCUAUUUUGCAGGAAUGGAAACAACUGCUCAUCUUUUAACUUGGGCACUUUUGCUACUGGCAAAGCAUCAAGAAUGGCAAGACAAGGCCCGAGAAGAAGUUCUCAAAAUCUGUGGGUACAAAACACCUCCUGCAGCUGAGAAUUUGAAUGAACUUAAACUUGUAGGUAUGAUAAUUAAUGAAACGCUUCGACUUUAUCCUCCAGCAGUGAUGUUGACGAGGAAGGCAUCAAAACAGCUGACACUAGGAAGCUUAGACAUUCCUGCUGGCACAGAGCUUUACCUGCCAUUGGCUGCCGUCCACCAUGACAAAGAGUUUUGGGGAGAGGAUGCAAACUGCUUCAACCCUUUGAGAUUUGGUGAGCCUCGGAAACAUUUAGCUUCAUUUCUGCCAUUUGCGUUAGGUCCCAGAAUUUGUGUAGGCCAAAACUUGGCAUUGAUUGAAACCAAAGUCGCUUUGGCUAUGAUGAUUCAACGAUUCUCUUUUGCUGUUUCUCCAACCUAUACUCAUUCCCCCAUGCUGUUCAUAACCUUACAGCCUCAGUUUGGUGCUCAGCUCCUUUUUAGGAGCCUAUGGAAUUGAAGUCACGGUUAGUCGAAAUAUAAGAGUAAGCUGUGAAGUAUUCGUGAACUGUUUACUCAGUAAAAUGUAUAGUUUUAUUAGUCCCUCGAUGUUUAUAUAGUAAUAAUUUGAAGUUGUUGCACUAUACGAAGCACAUACGUUACAAGCUGAAUGUUGAACCUUACUAUAACUCAUAGGAUUUGUUCGAAUUGGAUGCUGUUUCAAGAAAUAUAUUCGAUAACAUGUCUUUGUAACAGUCUGCUAAUAAGUUAAAUCUCUUCUUUCUUUC